UAAUUCCAUUCUUUCUUUGCCGACAUUGUCCAAUGCUCAGCCGUGAGAAUUCUGACGUAGAAUAUUUUACGCACACAAGUGAUACAGAGUCGUUGACCAAAAAAUUUUUUGAAGAGAAAAAACGUUCAGAGUUAAGGUUGAAGGAUAAAGCUCUAACUGCUACCGUGGAAAAUGCGAUAGAUAGAAGAACUCGCCUGCUACUAUUCAAGUUCCUCUCAGCCGGUAUUUUGGAUAGCAUAUUUGGCUGCGUUUCUACUGGGAAAGAAGCCAAUGUCUAUUCCUCAGUAGCAGGUUGCAACUUUCUUGAAAACUUGGAAGUGCCUCCUAAUAUGCUUCCCUCAGUUUAUCAGCAAGAUUGCAAAGACCGUGUUCUGGCUUUGAAAGUCUUCAAAACUGUAGCACUAUCCUUUCGAGAUCGAGAUCGAUAUAUUGAUGGGGAUAUUCGUUUUAAGAACGGGUACAGAAAAGGAAGCAGUAGAGAUAUGGUGAUAUUGUGGACAGAAAAAGAGUUUAGAAACCUUCGCCGUCUAGCAAAAGUUGGCUUGCCAGUGCCAUUUCCGUACUAUUUAAAGAAGAAUGUCAUUAUUAUGGAAUUUAUUGGAAGAAAUCAUCAAACAGCACCACUUUUGAAAGACGUUGUUCUUCCUUCCAAUGAAUGGCUUCAGCUAUAUCUUCAGGUUUGUAGAAUGAUGAGAAUUAUGUACCGCGACGCCAACCUUGUGCACGCUGACCUUUCAGAGUACAAUCUUAUGUACUAUGAGAGUAAAUUAUUUGUUAUUGAUGUUUCUCAAGCUGUUGAAAACGAUCAUCCGAGUAUGGGUUAUUUUCUUUAUCGUGACUGUAAAAACGUUUGCAUUUUCUUCAAAAGUAGAGUCGAAGAGGAUGCUGUUUCUGCAAAAGUUGCCACUGAGAGAAAGAAUGAAGAAGGUUUGUUCAGUUUCAGUGCAUCAGAAGUCUUUCGCUAUGUACUUCAAGACGAAAAAAAAUUAGGAACGAAUUUCGAAGAUUUGAUUGGUACCUUUGAAGAUAUUCAUUUAGAAUGUGAUUCCGGUUAUCAAAAAUUCUAUGACUCAGAAACGGCUUCCCUUUCGUCGACAAGUUAUAGUGAGCGCUCAAGCUCCCUCGACUAUCUCUCAGAAUAUUCAAGUCCAGAUGAAGCUUUGAGAGAGGUUGUUCCAGAUGGGGUUCAAGAUACUCCACAAGAUUGCAAGAAAGCACAAAGAAAGCAGUGGAAGAAAUAUGUAAAAGAGAUCGCCAGGCAAAAAAGACAAGAGAAAAUCCCGAAAAAAGUCAAACGUCGAAAGGAGAAACAGAAGAAGAAGUAAUUUAACGAGGAAUGCUGUAAGACAAAGUACAUAUCAAAUUUGUGUUCGAGGAGACAAUAAGGCUUCAAGAGAUAGGGACGACCUACGUUUCACAUGUUUGUCUGCAUGUUGUUGUUGAAUGGAGUAUUUUCUUGUUGUUUUUUGAUUGUUCUUCGGUCUCAUUGGUGUGUAGCCACCUUGAGGAACACAGAGUUCGGGAAACUCAAUGUAGAAUUCUCUGUAUCCUUUCGAUAUAAUAUAUAAAUGAGGAUAUGAUAAGAAGGGGUAACUGUGAAAGUGAGCAUUCCUAUCAAGACUUCUUAAAUUCUGUGACAUUUUUGGAGCACGAUGAGAUGAAUACUCGCAGUAAAAUAUGAUGGCGUCCGCCACAGGUUGAGUCUCCCAUCCAGGAGGACAAAGAAGGUCUUCUAUCUUGAAAUUUGUGAAUUUUAAUGAACAACGAUCUCUUAGG